AUGUCAUCGUCAAAUCCAGACCUCUCGUCAGUCCUCAGGACGUUAUCUGCGUUCGCCAACCCGGCAUCAACACCACCACCUCAACAGCCACAACAUCAUAAAAGACCUACCCAUACAACCUCAACCUCCCCUCAAAGGCCAACCCCGAGUCUAAACCCCGAACUCCCCCCACCAUCAGCCAUAACAACCUGGCCCUCAGCCCUAAAACAUGUCAUGCACCUCACAAGCCAAAACAAAGACCUCUCUGUCCGCAUCCAACACCUCAUCAAAUCACAACGAGAUCAUGAGCGAACAUGGUGGAAGGCGCGGGAAGCGUUGAUUGCGAAACAAGCCUCAAGAGAAGAGAAGAAGAGGAGGCUUGAGGAGGUUCUGUUCGUUUUUAUCCCUUCUUUCAUUCAGGUUCUGGAGAGGAAAAAGGAAGAUAACGCCUCCGAACUCAAAGCGUACGACUCAAAAGUUUAUCAAGCAUCGCUCGACAUGUCGCGAUCCAUGGAGACGGAAUUGCGCAGAUUGGGCGUUCCGUUCUUCUGUAUUGAUCGGAGUUUAGUUCUUGAAGAUUAUGAAGGGAAGGGGAAAGGAAAAGAAAGAACAGAAGGGGAGUCAAGAUCGACGACGUUAGACUGUAAUAAGACAUCGAAGAUAUCGAGUAAGGAGUUAGAGGCGUUGAAGAAGAGGGUUUUGGAUUUACUGGUUGAUUUGUGUUCAUGA